AGGUGUGUAGGCAGAAUGUCAGAGAGCGGCCAGCGACAGGACCUGGUGCUCAUUAAAGAAAUGGAGCUCCUCUUGGAUUCCUGCACACUGGAGCUCACGCCAGUGGAUGAAGUCUGGCCCAGCUUGUACAUAGGAAACGUGGCUGCUGCACAGAACAGAAAAACAUUACAUAAGCUUGGCAUCACCCAUGUCCUGAAUGCGGCACACUCCAAGCAAGGCAGCCUAGGUGACCAGAGUUUUUAUGGGAACACAUGUGUUUACGCCGGCAUCCCAGGAGAGGAUUCCGACCACUUCGACCUCAGUCAGUACUUCAAAUUUGCAGCUGACUUCAUACAUAAAGGCCUAAAGAGUAAAAAAGGGAAAGUGCUGGUGCACUGCAUCAUGGGUAUGAGUCGAUCAGCCACUUUGGUCCUGGCUUACCUCAUGUUGAAGCAGCGUCUCCCUCUGAGAGAUGCACUGCGACAUGUCAUCCAAAAACGAGCCAUUUACCCCAACAGGAAUUUCAUGUCUCUCCUUCUCAAACUGGAUGAACAGCUGACAAGAAAAAGGACUCUGUGCCCUCUUCUCUGACAUUCAUCUUUUUCUUCUGUUCUUUUUCUUCAUUAUCCAAUUUCCUACAUCUCGACCUGUCUGUAUCUUACACUGCAGUCUGAUCAUUACUGUCAGUGAUUGUAAAUAAUGAUUUCUUACUUCAGUGCAUUAGGUAAAACAUUGUGAUUCCAUUGAUUGAAAUUAAAUUCCAUAUUGUUGUCAAUGUUUAAUGUACCACAUGGAU